AUGGCGGCGGAAAACGAGCCUCUGAAAUCGAAAGAAAUAGAAGAACAACCGAAAAAUGGAGAAGAAGAAGGAGGAGAUGGAAAAGGACUCGCCAAAUCACUGACACUUUUCAAUGGAGUUUCUAUUAUUGUUGGAUGUAUUAUUGGAUCUGGAAUCUUUGUUUCUCCGACGGGAGUUCAAGAACAAGCCGGAUCAGUUGGUCUCUCCCUCCUCGUUUGGCUCGUCUCGGGUAUCUUCACUGCAAUCGGAGCAUAUUGUUACGCUGAAUUAGGAACUCUUAUCAAGAAAUCAGGAGGAGAUUAUGCAUAUAUUAUGGAGGCAUUCGGACCAUUCGUUGCAUUCAUUCGUCUCUGGAUUGAAGCAAUCGUAGUCAGACCGUGUACUGUAACCAUUGUUGCAUUGACUUUUGCAAUUUAUGGACUCCGCCCAUUCUUCCCGGAUUGUGCUCCACCAGAUGGAGUGGCUACUCUUUUGGCAAUUUUAUUGAUUGUUCUGAUGACUGCCAUCAAUUGUGUCUCCGUUCGUCUGGCUACAAUUGUUCAAGAUUGGUUCACAAUUGCUAAAGUUGUUGCAUUGAUUCUUAUCAUUCUCACUGGUCUCUAUCUCCUUAUCUUUGGAGAAUCUCAAUACAAGGACUCAUUUGAAAACCUCUUCGAGAAUACUUCUCAAGAUUUCACAAAAGUUUCACUGGCUUUCUAUUCUGGACUAUUCGCUUAUUCCGGAUGGAACUUCUUGAAUUUCAUUGUUGAGGAGUUGCAAAAUCCAAAAAGAAAUCUUCCACUUGCCAUUGCCAUCUCCAUCACCACGUGUACCGUAAUCUACGUACUCACCAACGUGGCUCUCUACACUGCUAUCUCUCCAGAUGAAAUGCUAGAAUCUCCAGCUGUCGCCGUUCUUUUCGCCAACAAACUCUACGGAAGAUUCGCAUUCAUCAUGCCACUCUGUGUUGCCUGCUCAACAAUCGGAUCAGCCAACGGAGUCAUUUUCACUUCUUCUAGACUUUUCUAUUCUGGAGCACGUGAAGGACAAAUGCCAGUUGUGUUGACUAUGAUCAAUAAGCAUACUAGAACUCCAAUUCCUGCUGUAAUUCUUACUGGAGCACUCUCGAUUGCUUAUCUGUUGGCAUCGAAGGACGUGUAUCAGUUGAUUAAUUACAUUCAGAUCAGUUACUGGCUUGCCAUAGGAACCGCCAUCGCCGCUCUCUUCUGGCUUCGUAAAACAAUGCCAGAUGCUCCAAGACCAAUCAAAGUUCCACUCAUCUGGCCAAUUAUUUUCAUUCUUGGAUGCGCUGCUCUCGUUUUUAUUCCAAUUUUCGCUGCACCAAGAGAUACAGGAAUCGGUCUUCUCAUCAUGCUCUCCGCUGUUCCAGUCUAUGUGAUUUUCAUCGGAUGGAAGAAUAAGCCAAAGUUUUUCAAUGAUUUCGUUGAUGGCACAACAAUCUUCAUCCAGAAGUUGUUCAUGGUCGUCGACGAUGAAAAGGAGGAUUAA